AGCUUACAUUUCUCCAUCUAUAAAUGUCUCACUCCAUUCAGAGUGCAGUGCAGCCACUAAGUUUCUGACCAACAACUGCAAUUGGUUCUUGAUUUUGAGAAGCGUUAUGGCAGAGGCAGCUAUGAUACUAAGGACUAUCCUCCUAGUUCUGGCACUGAAUGUUGUUUCAACUUCUUAUGCUGCCAUGGACUCGAACGCAUACGUUGUCCACAUGGACAAGUCCAAGAUGAGAGCUUUCGACGUCUCUGUUGGAACGUCGAGAAGAUGGUAUGAAGCAAUGAUUCAGUCUAUCAAUGUAGACUCAGGAGGAGGAGAGGAGGCAGAGCUCCUUUAUGUCUAUGAAAAUGUCAUUUCUGGCUUCUCUGCAAGGCUGUCAAAGCAGCAUCUUGAGUCUCUAGCCAAAGCGGACGGGUUCCUCUCUGCCACCAUGGAUGAACUAUACAACCUUCACACAACUCAUUCACCUCAUUUCCUUGGCCUAGAAGAGGGGAUAGGCUUGUGGGAUGCUGAGAAUCUGGCCUCUGAUGUGAUCAUUGGGGUGGUCGAUACAGGAAUAUGGCCGGAGCACCCCAGCUUCCGUAGCAAGGGCCUGCCACCGGUGCCCUCUCGUUGGAGAGGGAAAUGUAAGGCUGGUCCCAAAUUCGCAGCCUCGAAUUGCAACCGGAAGCUUGUUGGUGCAAAGGCCUUCUUCAAAGGGUAUGAGGCCAUUGCUGGGAGGGUGAAUGAGACCUCCGACUACCGGUCCCCUCGUGACUCCCAGGGCCAUGGCACGCACACUUCUUCGACUGCAGGAGGGAAUCUUGUUAAAGGCGCGAGCUUCCUAGGCCUGGCUAAAGGGACAGCAAGUGGCAUGAGAUACACAGCAAGAAUUGCAGCAUACAAGGCUUGCUACCAACUUGGAUGUGCAACUUCUGAUAUAGUAGCUGCAAUGGAGCAAGCAGUCAGUGAUGGUGUGGAUGUGCUGUCUCUGUCGCUGGGAGGCGUCGCGAAGCCUUACUACGCGGACAGCAUGGCCAUUGCAGCAUUCGGUGCGGUUAAAAAGGGAGUCUUUGUCUCAGCCUCAGCUGGCAACUCAGGACCCUCGGGUUCCUCCGUUAGCAACAUUGCACCGUGGAUGGCAACCGUUGCUGCAAGCUACAUGGACCGCGUUUUUCCAGCCAGAGUCGAGCUUGGUGAUGGCCAGAUUCUCCUUGGCACCUCACUCUACUCGGGGAAGGCUCCCACCACGCCAUUGCAUCUGGCAUACGAUGACACUGCAGGUGGCCGUGUCGCUAGGUUCUGCAUCGCCAACUCCCUCUCCCCGAGGCUAGUCAAGGGGAGGAUUGUCAUAUGUGACAGAGGGAUAAACAGCAGAGUUGAGAAAGGAGAGCAAGUGAGGAUGGCUGGUGGAGCCGGCAUGAUCCUUGCAAAUGGCGAGAAUCAAGGCGAGGAGCUGCUAGCGGACGCCCACAUCUUGCCUGCUGCAUCUCUUGGAGCUGCAGCAUCAAAGGCAGUCAAAAUGUACUCAAACUCAACCACCAAUGCAACUGCAGUGCUCACAUUUGAAGGGGCAGUCUACAACAGCCCAGCCCCGGUCAUGGCCGCAUUCUCCUCACGCGGGCCUAGUCUGUUCGGACCAGACAUUAUCAAACCAGACAUCACUGCACCAGGAGUGAACAUUCUUGCAGCAUGGCCACCAAACAUAAGCCCCACAGAGCUCACAAGCGACAGGAGACGCAUUCGUUUCAACAUUGUAUCAGGCACUUCCAUGUCCUGCCCCCACAUCAGUGGCCUAGCAGCACUGCUCAAAUCACGGCACAGAAAGUGGUCACCUGAAGCAAUCAAAUCAGCUAUGAUGACUACAGCCUACAUUCUUGACUCACAAGGCUCACCAAUAGCAGAUGUGGCCUCAGCAGGCUCAAGCUCCGCCACCCCCUUUGCGUUUGGCUCUGGCCACGUCAGCCCCCAGAAGGCGGCUGAUCCGGGCUUGAUCUACGACAUCUCCACCAAAGACUACCUCACUUACUUUUGCAGCCUAAGCUACAACUCCACACAAAUAGGCCUCUUCUUUGGAGGGAACUUCACCUGUCCAGAUGCUUCUGAUUUCCAAACCGGAGACCUAAACUACCCUUCUUUUGCUGUCCAAUUCAGCAGCAGUGCUAAAAACACAACGUCAACAUUUAAAAGAACAGUAACCAACGUUGGCAUUGCGGUCAGCAGUUAUGCUGUCAAAGUGUCUGAACCCCAAGGUAUAUCGAUCAUCGUAAGGCCUCGAGUAUUGAAUUUUAGGAAGAUUGGACAAAAGUUAAGCUACAAAGUGACCUUCAUUGCAAAAGGGAUAGUAUCCACUAACUUCUCAUUUGGCUCUCUUGUGUGGAAUUCGGAUAAUCAUUCUGUUAGGAGUCCUAUUGCAGUAACGUGGCUGUAGGAGAAUGAACAAACGAAUUCUCACCAUCAAUUUCAAGAAUCUGUGAUUUGAUCAAUUUCAAGAUUAUGAUUUCAAAGCAUCCGGAGUAAUUUAUAUUUUCAUGAGUGAUCAAGCAACAAUCAAUGCGAUGGGGUUGACACAAUAAAAUUCAUUUUCCCUUGUUA